UGCUUCUGCGGAAGCGAAAAGAAAAGGGAGUGAGAGAGCGAUAAAGGAGGAAGGAAAGAGGAGUUCGCUUCUCGUGACGGCAUUUCCACCUCUCCCCUCCCCUCCCCUCAUUUAUUUCUCUCCUCCUCCUCCUCCUUCACUCUCUCUCUCUCUCUACCUCCCCCCUUCUCUUCUCCUGCAUUCUUCAUAAAACCCCCUUUCCUCUCGUCUUCUUCAAACAGCUGGUUUCUUUCCCUGUGUUUUCCUACCGGCCGGUGAUGAUCGUUUGUCGUCAUUGACCGGAGCAGUGGAGUUGAGAUUUUGCUGUUAAUGGUGCUGCUGUGCCCCAUCCAGACCUAUGAAAGUUCCUUUUUUAUGUGCUCGCAGAGACCAUGGAAUCCAAAGAGAAAUCCCACCAUAUAGCUGAAUUUGUCGACAUGAUUUACUUGCAAGGGGAUGCUUUGGAGAUAGGCUAGUUUCAAGCAAUGCUGCUGUUUCUUGUUCAGCCUGUUCUUCUUGCAGACUUGAACUAGAGUAGCACUGCUCGUGCACGAAAUAUAGGAGAUGGGUUCAGUCUCUGAUAUCUCUGAAAUUGAAGAAUUGGUGAGCGCUGUUCAUGCUUCUAAAAAAACUAGCUCAGAAUGCUGCAUCUCAAAGCCUGGAAACAAGGCUGGAAAACAGUUGAUGUCAAUCAUAUCGCGAGACUAUGCAGUUGAAAGCAAAAUUAAUCAACUAUUUGAAGCUUUGGAUUUUGAAAAUUUAUCAAAGGAAUUUGGCCAUUGUCAACAGUCCGCAGCUGGUCCUCCAUGGAAAAAUCCCUCAAAAAGACCAAUCAGAGGUGGACUGUCACGUACAUCAGGAGUUAGUACUUCUGAAUCAGUUACUUUGAAGCAGGCAUUGAGAGGGUUAUGCAUUUCUCAGGCUUCAGAGAUGGCCUCUAUGAAAAGGAGGCUAAGAUCCGAUGGAAUAUCUAAUCUAUCUGAUACUUCCACCCCUAAGAGGUCACAUGGUAAACUUGUUAUUCAGGCAGGUGAGUCUAUAAAGGCUGGAAAUUCUAUAGUAGCAAAUACUGUUCAGGGCUAUGGUACCAUAGAUGCCUUCAAAAUGUGCAAUACGGACAAGACAUCGGACAAAAGCUGUUCAGAAGAGAUCAGCCUUGUUCCAGACACUGGAUCUACAAGGGAACUUAGGUGGUCUUCCACUGUACAUAAAUGUGAGUCUACAAAUGGUAUUGCACUUGAUGCAUCAUUAAAACCAAUUAAAACAAAAGCCAAGGAGGAUGGAGAUUCAAAAAUGACAGUUCAACCUUGGCCCAGGCGAUCCGGGCCUAACUUGCUCCACCAUCGAAAGCUGGUUUCGGUAUCUUCUUCACUUGGCAGUCCCACUCCUGGUUCUGAAACCGAUACUUCUAAAGUGAACCAUGGUAUGAAAAAGAUUGUUCACAGGACUGAGAAGCAUAAUAUCAAGAAAGAAAAUCUGCACCCAGGUUGUGCACCAAAAAAUCCCCUUGCCUUAGAUGAUAAUGGUGAAGACACUCUCAUGGCUACAGUUGCAGACAAACCAAGCGUGGCAACUGAUGGUUCUGAAGAACAGAUUGUUGGUAUUGAGGCCAAAUCUGCUGCAGCUGGCUCUUCAAAUGGUCUUACUGGAGUUGAUCCCCCCAUCCUCAUGAACAAUUUGGUCGAGCCUUACAAGUCUAUGAAUGUUGGUAACACAUAUCAAAAUGGUAUUUUCAGAAAAAUUGAAAGCUCUAGAGAAAAGGGAGAGUGUUCUCAGAGCUCCCUGAGCAGUAUUGGUGAGUAUAGUAGCAGCAGUGGCAUCAGUGAUGAGAGCAGUUGCAGUAUUACGAGCUGUCAUGGUAAUAGGCCUCAUAUGUCAAAAGAUUCAAGAUGGGUAGCUAUCCGCCAUGUAGAGAUGCAUGACGGACUUCUUUCACUGAGGCAUUUCAAGCUGAUUAGGAGGCUUGGUUGUGGAGAUAUUGGUAGUGUGUACCUUGCAGAACUCGUCGGUACCAGUUGCCAAUUUGCUUUGAAGGUUAUGGACAUUGAAUUCUUGGUGAGCAGAAAGAAAAUGCUGAGGGCACAGACUGAAAGGGAGAUUCUUCAUAUGCUGGAUCAUCCAUUUCUUCCUACACUUUAUGCUCAUUUUGCCACCGACAGGCUUCUAUGCUUGGUGAUGGAGUACUGUCCUGGUGGAGAUCUUCAUGUGCUUCGGCAGAAGCAGCCAGGCAAAAGUUUCUCAGAGUCGGCAGCAAGGUUCUAUGCAGCCGAAAUCCUUCUUGCAUUGGAGUACUUGCACAUGCUGGGUGUGAUAUAUCGAGACCUGAAGCCUGAAAAUAUUCUAGUCAGAGAAGAUGGGCACAUUAUGCUAUCCGAUUUUGAUCUGUCCCUGCGAUGUGCAGUAAAACCGACUCUCCUCGACAUGUCGUCCGUGAAGUUAGAGGGCGCCAGGCUUUCUGAAUCUGGUUCUGAGCCCAGAUGCAUCGAUCCACUCUGUCUGGAGCCAGCUUGGGUCCAGGUUCCAUGUUUCACACCUAAGUUGAUGCCCGUGGCGGCCAAAUCACGGAGAACAAAAGCUGAUCCCUCAGUCCAUGCUGGCCCUUUUCCCCAACUCGUGGUAGAGCCGACGACUGCAAGAUCAAACUCAUUUGUGGGAACCCAUGAGUACCUCGCACCAGAAAUUAUCAGAGGAGACGGCCAUGGCAGUGCAGUCGAUUGGUGGACAUUUGGGGUCUUUCUCUACGAGCUUCUCUACGGGAGGACACCCUUCAAAGGAGCAGGCAACCAGGAGACAUUAGCAAAUGCUGUUGCCCAGAACCUGAAGUUCCCGGAAAAUCCAAAUAUUAGCUCCCAUGCGAGAGACCUGAUCAGAGGGCUGCUGUCAAAGGAACCUGAGAACCGGUUGGGGUAUGACCGUGGGGCGGCAGAGAUCAAGAGCCAUCCAUUUUUCGAAGGUUUGAAUUGGGCAUUGAUCCGGUGCUCCACUCCUCCCGAGAUGUCGAAGGCCACCCAAGUCGCCCUUCCUACUGUGGCCUUGCAGAAGAAGGGUAAACAGAAGUCUAUGGAGUUGAAGGCAACAGGAGAGCCUUCGGAAUUCGAACUCUUCUAGUCUGAGUAGCUUACUCGGGCCUUUGCUGUAUUCGUUUUGUUGUCUUCUCUACCUGUAUGUAUACAAGGGAAUUCGUGAAUUUUGGUGAAAGGCUCUUAAUGUUGUGAAUAAUAUGAUAAAUUUGUUCUCACAAAAA